AUGGGUCAAAAAGUGUUGUGGUUGUUCGUCGUAUGGAGCUGCUUCUUUUUAUUCAAAGGGCAGUCAGUGAAGGCAGGCUGUCCCAUUGUCAUGACCCCAUCCAGAGUUGUGGUGAAAUAUGGAGACCCACUGACGGUCAACUGCAGCUCAACUAUCGACCAAGUCGAGUCAUUAGGCUGGGAGUCGAACGUCAAAGGCACUCCGGCCACAAAUGCGCAUCAUGUUCUAUUAAACAUUGAGAAAGUAGACGAAUGGGAACUGGAGUCUGAAUGCUUCUUCAAUUUUAAAAAUGGAUCACAAUGCAUUGAACAACUGCCGAUCAUAAUUUACAAACCACCGGACAGUGUGUCAAUAGUGGCUGAUAAACCCAUGGAGGAGCUCAAAGAGUACACGUUGCAGUGCAUUGUGUCCAAUGUGGGACCUUUGUAUAAAAUGACUGUAAUAUGGUACAAAGGGGACACAAAGAUUGAGCAGCAGAAGCUUGCGUACACGGCUGGUCCACCACCAUACAACCAGACGCAGUCCUCUUUCAUCAAAUUAACACUCGACAAACAUGAUCAUGGAAGAAAAAUAGUGUGUGAAGCCAAGUUUGACUUUGAAGAAAUAGGCUUUAAUAUACCACCAGUCAGAUCAGCUCCACUGGAUCUCCAAGUACUAUAUCGACCCAUUUUUGAGGAGACCAAAGUGGAAAUGAUUGAAGUCCCGCCUAAUGGUGAAAUAAUUUUGAAUUGCACUGCUCAGGGAAACCCCAUGCCUAAUUACUUCUGGCAGGUCCCACAGGCCUCUGAGCAGGCCGUGGGGCAUCAGCCUGUGUUGAGGCUUCAGGGGGCAUCUACAGGGACUUACAACUGCACUGCAUCCAACUCCCAAGGCUUCAGCACCAAGCAGUUUAUCCUCACAGAUGCUCCAAGGGACUACACAGUGCUAGCAGCUGUGGUCGGAGUCCCGGCAGCUCUGGGCGUCUUACUCCUCCUCAGUGGACCAUUUAUUGUGACGAAAGAAGGGACUUUUUCACUCGGCAAAGGAUCUCAAGUUAUAUGA